UUUCUGUGUGAUUUCCUGCGUGAGAAAAACGCAAACCGCCAGAAAACUAACUGCUUGAAUUUGAAGCAGGAGUAAGUAGCUUCAAUCUUGAGCUCUUAAUUUCUAUAUAAAAACCUUUUCUUAACAUCGUAUUCUUCACAAUCAUCGUUAAGAAUUUGUCUUUUCAAGGUUUUGACUGCAAAAGAUGCCAGGAGAUAAUUGUGUUGAGCGUCAAUUGUUUGGUGGUGCAAUUUCCACUUGUUUCCCUCUUAGAUUCCAGGAUGUCAGUGAUGUCCGUCAAGUUCCUGAUCAUCAAGAAGCCUAUGUAGAUCCUGCAAGAGAUGAAAGCGUUAUAAUUGAGUUACUAGAUUCGAAACAUGAUGUAGGAGAUAAUGGUAGUGCUGUUUGGUUUCUGCAAGACCUUGCUACUGAACAAAUUGCUGAAGGAACUACAAUCAUUGAGCAAUCAGGAGUUUUCACGGCAGAUGGGAUUCGGUAUCGGAAUUCGACAGCAAUAAUGACAACAGCUGUUGGGGAGAUGAAGAUUUCUAAAGGACGGCAAGGACCAGAAGCGCAGAAUCAUGUCAAGGUUUAUGUUGCGAAUUUGCGGCUUAAGGAAGUUGGAACUGAUGUUUUAAUUACUGCAUAUGAACCGUUUGUGAUAAAUCCUCUGAGUGAAAGUGCAAAUUCUGUUGGAGCUGGGGUCACUGUCCCUGCGGUGCAGUCUGGAUGUACACCAAUGUCUGAGGUUUUUAGACUUGUUGUUGCUAACUUCAAAGUCCAUGACUGGAACCUUUUCGCUGCUUGAAGCUUGAAAAGGUUUGGAAUUUAGGGACUUGUUUUUCUUUCUUUAGCUUGCAAUUUCUUAAAUUUCAUAGUAGUUCAAACAAUUUGGAAUGUAAUGCAAAUGCUUUGGUAGUCCUCAAAAUAUAUUUUGAAUAGAAGCACAACCCAAUUUGGAUUCGUCUUGAAA